ACUGCUUAAAUUCAAGCGUAGAAGAAGAAGACACGGUUCAAAGUUCAAACAAGAACUGUUUCCGGCUCACGUCGGGGUCACACACGGGGGGAGUAAAACCUUAAAGACUUUAAAAUGCUGUUACGAAGGGUGUUACAAAUUGGAGGCCUGACACUGAAGCACAGCAGGUCCAUCCACCACAGUCCUGUAUGGAGGAGUCCUCUUAUACCCAUAGUUGUAGAGCAGACGGGGAGAGGAGAGCGGGCGUACGACAUCUACUCUCGCCUGCUGAGAGAGAGAAUCAUCUGUGUGAUGGGUCCUAUCGAUGACUCUGUAGCCAGCCUGGUUAUUGCCCAGCUGCUCUUCUUACAGUCAGAAAGCAACAACAAACCAAUCCACAUGUACAUCAACAGUCCUGGCGGUGUGGUGACAGCAGGCCUAGCCAUUUAUGACACUAUGCAGUACAUCCUUAAUCCCAUCUCCACCUGGUGUGUCGGUCAGGCAGCCAGCAUGGGCAGUCUGCUCCUGGCAGCAGGAACGUCGGGCAUGAGGCAUUCACUGCCCAAUGCCCGCAUCAUGGUUCACCAGCCAUCAGGAGGAGCCAGGGGUCAGGCCACAGACAUCGCCAUCCAGGCUGAAGAGAUCCUGAAGCUGAAGAGACAGAUCAACACCAUCUACGCCAAACACACGGGGCAGCCUCUGGCAACCAUCGAGGGCGUGAUGGAGAGGGAUCGCUACAUGAGCCCCAUGGAGGCGCAGGACUUUGGCAUCAUUGAUCGCGUCCUAGUCCAUCCACCUCAGGCCGGCCAGGACGAACCUGAGCUGGUUCAAGAGCCAGCAUCUACAGCCAGUCCCACCCCGCAGCCUGAGUCCACAGCUCCAGAGAACACCUCCCCAGGCACAAACCCCCCCUCCUCAUACAAACCUGAGCCAUGAACGCACCGUGGCGCAGCUCACUGGAUUUCCUGAAGCCAAAAACCUCUGUGGCGUGUUCAUCUUUUGUCUUACUGGCUUCUUUCCUCUCCCUCAAAGCAACUCAAACAAGACUCUGCAGAGUCCAC